AGUUGGGGUCGAAGGUGUUGCUCAGUGUUGCUUCGACUUCAAGUCUAUUGAAAUUUCCUUCUCUUUGGACACGUGCAGCGAGUACGUGAGCUGGUUCAGCGCUGAUCAGUUUUUUCCAAUUGUAACUCGAUCAUCUCGACCAGGAAAAGGAACUUAUAAUGGCGAGUUUGAAAACCGACAAUCCUGAAAAACCAGGACAGGAAGUAACUCCUAUCCAUCGUAUCAGGAUUACUCUCACUUCUCGCAAUGUUCGUUCUUUGGAGAAAGUGUGCUCUGAACUGAUCAAUGGAGCGAAGAAGCAAAAGCUAAAAGUUAAGGGACCUGUGCGCAUGCCUACAAAGAUUCUGAGGAUCACCACUCGUAAGACUCCUUGUGGUGAAGGUUCCAAAACAUGGGAUCGCUUCCAGAUGCGCAUUCACAAGAGGGUCAUUGAUCUUUAUUCUCCAUCAGAAAUUGUGAAGCAAAUCACAAGCAUUUCUAUUGAACCUGGUGUAGAAGUUGAGGUCACAAUCGCCAAUGAAUAAAAAGUUUUAAUAAAAUUGAGAACUUAACAAAAAUUGAA